GAGAGCUCUAUUGUGGGGGCAUGACAAAGGCAAGGGGAGAGUGUUGGUUCACCCUUCUAUGCAUUGUUAUUUCUUCCACAAUUUCCCCCUCCUUGCCGAUCACUUGUCUCCUCCAAUUUCCAAACAAGCCAAAGCACAACAUUUCAAUUUCACUUCAUUCCACGUGCACACACACACAUAUAGAUUACACUAUUCAAACUCCUUGCUCACUUCGAUCCCUACUCUCUCUCACUCUAGUUUUAUAUAAAAUACUCCUAUGUGCUAUGCAUAUGUAAAAUCCACUUAACCUAGGUAGCCUAUAUAACAAGGACAUUCUCAAGUCUCAAGUCUCAAGUCUCCACCACACACAUAUAUGCAUCCUUUACAUUUCUUUAUCUACUAUAUAUUGUCUACCUUGUUCCCCACUUAGCUUUCCAAUUAAAACCUAAAAACUCGUUUAUGUUUUCAUUGUUCUUGCCUUCACCAUGCAACCUAACACUUUCGCAUACAUGUCUUCUACUAGUGAUAGUGGCUGUUGUUUGGAUGUUGAAGAUCAAGAAGACGAAGAAUCCAACAUUCUUCUUUCUCUUGCUCCUCCCGGCCAACAACACUCCGCUAAUUACCAAACACACCAUAAUUAUCAAAACCCUAAUUACUCUAAUUUCAGCAAUCAUCAAGGCGAAGUCACGGUAGCUCUUCAUAUCGGCCCUCCUACACCGGGAGCUAGCUCAAGCAACCCUAAUGGCGUUGAGGCGGCGGCUGAAGCAAAGUACUGGAUCCCCACUUCAGCACAGAUCCUUAUCGGUUCCACACAGUUUUCUUGCACUGUUUGCAACAAAACAUUUAACCGUUACAACAAUAUGCAGAUGCAUAUGUGGGGGCAUGGUUCUCAAUAUCGAAAAGGCCCUGAAUCACUAAGAGGAACGAAGCCGGCUUCUUCGAUCCUGAGACUUCCUUGUUACUGCUGUGCUGAAGGCUGCAAGAACAACAUCGAACACCCGAGAUCCAAGCCACUCAAGGACUUCAGGACACUGCAGACGCACUAUAAGCGAAAGCACGGAGCCAAGCCUUUCGGGUGUAGGAAAUGUGGGAAGCCUUUUGCAGUGAGAGGAGAUUGGAGGACUCAUGAGAAGAACUGCGGAAAGCUUUGGUUCUGUACUUGUGGAUCAGAUUUUAAGCACAAGAGAUCACUUAAAGACCAUGUCCGUGCUUUCGGAAACGGUCAUGCGCCUCUUUGUGAGGAUUAUGACUUGUUUGAUGUACUUGAAGAAGCUGAUCCUCAUGAUGAGGAGGAUCAUAAAAGUGUAGUUCAUCGCGAUUAUCCAAUGUUUUGAUACAUAUUUUUUCCGUUAUGUAAACCUGUUAAGUUUAUUGAGAUCUAUCUAGUUAAUUCUGUUAA